GAUUAGUGCGUUCACAUUAUUCGCAGCAGGCAAAAUGUCUAAUCCACAACAAGGAGCUGGCGCCUACGGUGCAGGAAAAGCCGGUGGGGCUUUUGACCCAGUCCUAUACAUUAAAAAACCUCAAGUUAUAUUGAGGCUAGUUUCACUGAUUUUCUCCAUUGUGGUUUUUGGAUGUAUUUCUUCUAAAGCAUACAAUUCAAAACAUCAGUGUCAAAUGAAUAAUGAUAUGAAUGCAUGUGGAUAUGGAAUGGGAAUAGGGGUGUUAGCAUUCUUAAUAUGCAUUGCUUUUUUAGUAAUAGAUGCUAUGUUUGAAAAUCUGAGUAGUAUCCAACAUAGAAAAUAUGUUGUUAUGGCCGAUUUGGGAAUAUCAGCUGGAUGGACAUUCUUGUGGUUUGUUGGAUUUUGUUAUUUAACAGAUGCCUGGAGGAAAACAAGUACUACUGAUCAAUUUUAUGAAUAUGGAAAUGAUAACAUACAAGCAGCUAUUGCAUUUUCUUUUUUCUCAAUCUUUACUUGGGCUGCUUCAACAUUCUUUGCAUUUCGUCAGUAUCGUAUGGGUGCUCAGGAUGCGUUCGCAAGUGGUUAUGAUCCAGAACCCAACGUGUCCUCUCCCUACUCAUCAUUCCCUGGUAGUGAUACAGGAGAUCCUUAUCAACAACCACCAUUUAGUCAACAGAAAGAAGUUCCAGACUUUCAACCUCCUACCUAUUAAAUUAUAGUAUUAAUUAAUAUUACUACAACAUAAUCAACAAAAAGCUUGAUCUACUGUCGGCGAUCGUAGUACGACAUAUACAUUGGGAUUAUCGAAACUUUUCUGCAAGGUAGCUAAAUUUGAUUUAAUUUUUUUUUUGUUACAAGUUUAUAGGCAUCGGAUGAAAUUUAGCCAACUGGAUUUUGUCACCUUUGUUUCGUGAAAAGAUUAUGAAGGUCAUAUGUAUUUGAGUGGCUAUCGUUUUGAAUUAUGAUUGCGUUAGAUAUAACUGUAUUUGAUUUACACUGGAUGCUUUAUAGAAAUUAUGAGAAGUGAAGAAUAAGUAAUACAUGUACAUGAAAUAAACUGGCCAGUAAAACAAAUAAAUACAUAAGUAAAAUGCUAAAAAGUUGACAAAUACAGCUAUUUGAGUAUAGGCUUACCUAAGUAAAAUGCUAAAAAGUUGACAAGUGCAGCUAUUUGAGUAUAAGCUUACCUGAGUAAAAUGCUAAAAAAUUGACAAGUACAGCUAUUUGAGUAUAAGUUUACCUAAGUAAAAUGCUAAAAAGUUGACAAGUACAGCUAUUUGAGUAUAAGUUUACCUAAGUAAAAUGCUAAAAAGUUGACAAGUACAGCUAUUUGAGUAUAGGCUUACCUAAGUAAAAUGCUAAAAAGUUGACACAUACAGCUAUUUGAAUAUAAGUUUACCUGAGUAAACGAUAAAAAGUUGACAAAUACAGCUAUUUGAAUAUAAGUUUACCUGAGUAAAAUGCUAAAAAGUUGACAAGUACAGGUAUUUGAGUACCUGUAGUAUGAUAAUUGUAUAGCUUGAAUGAGAGAAUAGUUAAAACAUGUGUUAUUGAAUGUUGAAUAUAUAUAUAGCUGUGAUAGUUGAUGUUUUGUAGAGUCCUCACUCGGACGUUAUAUUCAUGAAAACUUGCACUAAAACGAUGUUUUGUAGAGUCCUCACUUGGACGUUAUAUUCAUGAAAACUUGCACUAAAACAGACUUUUUAGACGAGAAACUGGUCGCUAACCGCUACUCAUCUUGUUGUUCUUCGGGUGACAUUCUUCGAAAAGGCCUUUAAGGCUCUGUUAAUUCAAGUCUGAUCGACAUGAAAAUUGGCAUGCUUGUUCUUUGAACAAUUCUGCAUCAAUUGGAUGAAAUAGAUUUUUGAAUUUUAUCUAACCACAUGGUCAGUUUCUGAUUCAUAGUUCGAUCAUUCUUGUUAUAUAAACUACACUAAAAAUUUUUAUUUCUGCCAACAUUUCGACGAAGAUACCCUCGUCUUUACCAAGCAAAGAAUGUCUGAUUUAUAUAAAGUUGCUAAUGUUUAAUGAAAGUUACUCUCACGGUUAUGAAAGUAAAUUUUUCAGACAAAUAAAGAUUAUAGUAUCGGAGCUAAGAUGAGUAACUCCAACCAGAUCAAGCAAUAGCUGUUUAGUCGUAAGUUUUCAUGAAUAUAGCUUCCGACGUAAAAACAUGAUAUACCACGACACUCAUUUAUCUUGGUUUAUCGUAGUGAAAAUAUUUCAAAAGGACAUUGUUAAAAUUGUUGUUAAAUUGUGAAUCGGUUUUUAUUUCACCCAAACCGAGUGUUACUAUUGGAGAAGACUGGCAUACAAUACAUUUUUUGUCACAUUGGAAUUUUUAAUUUGAUUAGAGAAGUUUAUGUAAAAUUAGACAUUUCUGCACUAGUCUUCAAAAGGUAGGAUGUUGUUACUGAAGGGUUGUAUUGAAAGAGAAUAUAUUUCUUUUUAACAGGAAAAUAUGAUAUAUGAUUAAUUUAUUUGUAUCAGCUUCAUUACAUGUAUCAAGCUCAAAAGAUAAUUGCUUAUCAGUUGAUGUUUUGUAGAUAUAGAUAGAGAAAAACAAAACAUUUGAUCUUAUCAGGGGAUAGGGUGAGAAUGAACUGGAUGACAUUUAUUAAAAGAAUAGCCUUGCUUAUCAUGGUCCUAUUCUGUAUAUUUGUUUUAUUAGAUAAGUUUUUCAAACAGAAUGUUGUUUUAAUAAAACCAUAUUUCAUGAAUGUAAGUAAACAAGCAUGCAGAACAUUAAUUUCUUAUUGAUCCAUAUUUUUUACUCGGCCAAGACUUCCAUACUUUUAUUUAUUUCGUAACCAAUAAUGUUUGCAAAUAUGAACAAGGCAUGAAUGGAUUAUUUGUCAUCAUUUAUAUAAUAGUUUUCAUAAUUCAGCUUGAGUUAUCUGCCCUUAGACCACAAAAAAAAUGAUUUGUCAAACCCUUGCGGUUAUCGUUUAUAUUGGCUUUAAAAUAAUUGUGCUUUGGGCACAACAGCUUAGAAAUUAUGGACACAAUUUUUAACAUAUCAAAAUUUUCAGACAUUUUUUAAGCUUUGUAAAUCUGCUAUUCAUUGUUUUAGAUUGCCGAUAAUUUUAAUAAUGUAUUGUCUUUAAGGCUUGAUGCAUCAUUUGUAUUUUCACUAAAAUGUCUAUAUUCUCAAUUGAUUAUUUAAUAUUUAAUUAAGAAAACAAAAUCAAAAUACCAUUGCUAAUUAAUCUCCUGACUUGAAUUCAGUCAGAUUUGAAAUAGGCCGCAACUAUUAUAUGGGCGAACAACAAAAUGGCGGAUGGCUUAUUACAUAGGGAGCACCAUAGAUGAAUGAAAUUUCAAUUUAACAUAACUUUGUAAAUACUGGACCGAUAUUCAAAAUCAAAAUACCAAUUCUAGAUUAUCUCUUGUUUUGGAUUUAAACUAGACACAUCAUAUGUCAGCGCCUUGUUCAAUCUCAUUAAAACACAGAUCCAAUUUCGUUUCGUUUUUACAGUUCAAAAUUUCGUUUUUACUUGUCUUUACUACACUUGGAUCUGGAAGCGUUGUUAUUUAACUCGUGUUCUGCUUGAAAUGAGGGGUCAGCCAAUCAAAUGGUCUGUCGUGUCGAGCGUUUGACCUUUUUUGCGCAAAUGUGGGUAGUCGACAUUAGCGGCAAUAGAAAUCAAAACAAAGCAAAAAUAGAUAAAAAAAAAAAUACAUGGCGGUCGCUAAUUGGUUAAUCGAAAGACUGAAGUAAUCGGGUUAAAUGUCGCUUGCUGGUUACCUGACGUCAUAGAACGUGAACUCCCACUAUAACUUGUUAGAUCUACAUGUAGUGUAGGCCAUCGAAAGUAUAAAAAACGAAACGAAAUAUAGAUCUAUAUUUUAAUUAGAUUGCGCCUUGUUACACUCGAGCAGCAUAAAUCGAUGAAAUUUCAAUUUAUCAUAACUUUGUAAAUACGGAACGGAAUUGAAUCGUUUUUGGUGUGAGAUUCAUAUUUCACCUUGUUGUAGCGUGCAUAAUGACGCAUCGAGCCUUUAAAUUGUUCAAAUGUAAUGCAAUAAAAUAACCAUUCCAUUACUUGUGCUUUGUGUAAAUCUUGAAUGAUUGAGAAAAAUAGAGUAUCUGUUUGUAUUAUUUUUGUGUGAUUUAUCAUUUAAUAUGUUAUUUAAGAAAUUGUAAAAGGGGUAUAGAUAAAAAAAACUCGAGAAAAACAAAAGGUUAUUGUAUGUUUUGUAUAUAUUGCUUUGUUUUUGACUUUAAAGAUUUUUCCUCUGAUUAUUAAGAUGUGCAUAAUGAUAGCUUAUCAAUACCCAGUUUGUUUGUGAUAUAAUUAAAGAUACAUUAUGUAAAAUUGAAAUAAACAUUAUUCUGAACGAAGUUAUGAGUGUUUAAAAUGUUAGCGCAAAUUGUUUGUUAACGUAGCAACGGUACUGGAAGACCAAGACUUAAUCUUGUUUGUCCAUAUGAAAUGUCUGCCAUCCGAUAGUCUAGAGAGUGUAUUAUGGGCUUGUCAUGUGAAUAAAUGCCUAAAUAAUAGUUUAUAUAACAUUUGAACCCAAAAUAAAGACCUGCAAUCUAGCCGGUUUAGCUCUUUACAUAAUGUAUCAUUAAUGUCAAUUCCCAUUCAUUUAAUUUACUACUUGUUUAAUUGUUAUUAAUUUUGUAUAGAUUGAUUCUUCUUUAAAUUUGUUUUUGUUUUUCCUUAAAACUUUUAUCUUAACAUUUAUAUUAAAAUGUUUAUGUUUAUUUUAUAAGGAUCUCUUUAAUUUACUAAGUUUGAUGAGAGAUAAAGCUUUGGUUGUGUAUGUUUAUUAUGCUUGUUUGUAAAUAACUCACCUAAUGAAAGAAAGAAAAUACUGUACAUGCUUAAAUGAAAUGAAAUGGGUUUUAAUGUCCUGCAUGUGUAAAUGCAGUGCUUUUUGAGCUUUGUGAAAAUCAGGUAGUUUAUAAUGGAUAGAUCUAUUUGUUAAGGCCAGCUCAAUUUUUGUCAAGGUCGUUGAGAUGUAAAUAGGGUUAGGGCAUGUGAUUGUAAGGUUAGGGUUAGGGUUGUGAUUAGCACUAGCCCUGUUAACAUUUCGUGACCUAUGAUGAAAAAUUGAGCUGCCCUUAUCAUUUAACGCUAACCGUAUUAUAAUAAUUCAAAUUGCAUUUAUCAUGUUAUGGAUAAUAGCUCUUCAGCAUGCCUGUAAUUAAGAAAAAUAAGGGAGUUGAGUAGGGAUUAAGAGUGAAAUAUUAAUCAAUAAUACUAGAAUACUGACUACUUAUCAUUCCAUAAAAAUACUGAAAGGGGAUAUUUGAUUCAAAGUUCCAGAAUUAAAUUCUCUUAAUGCCAAAAAUGGUGAAAGUCGAGUGAAAAGGGGGAUUUUCGGGUUAUAAUGCAUGCGCAGGCUGCAUAAGAAAAAGUCUCAACCUAACCAUUAUAACUGAAAUAUAUUCGUUGUGUUUAAUUACAUCAUGAUUCUACUCCCAGCACUUCUGGUGACAGGACUGAAUUCUGUCAAAUCGGGAUUUUCUGGACCGACAAUCAUUUAUCCCCCAUAUUGUACUCAAGGGAAGUAAUUACUAUGUAAAUUCUCUAAGAUUAAUGGACAAAACUUGUACCUGUAGUUCAAACACUUUGGGUGGCAAAUAAAACCAAAAUGGCUGCCUCUAACAUCUCAGGGUCAUUGUUAUAGAUGAAUCACACUACAGCACUUUGCACUAGAUUAAUCGUCAGUCGUAAAAUUUCAACAAUUUCGUCCAAACAAAAAACCUGUGGAUACAUCUCGACCCACCGGAACAUUCGCGCUGACAGAGUUAAGGCCCAUUUAUACUCGGCUAAGCGAAGCCGUGAAGCGAAGUUUAUGAAGCUAAGCUAGGCUAAGACAAGCAAAUAAAUAAAAUUCAAAAGCUGCCGAUUGUAGUGAGCAAAGCUAAGCGAAGCUGGUCUUGUGUUGUUUGAUGGAUCAUGUAAUCGCAACAGCAGACGUCUUGUUGCUGGUUGCUGGUUGCUGUUCAGCUGAGAUGUUUUGAGCAAAGCAAAGAAGUUCAACUCCCAUCGCCUCGCUCAAAAAUUAAUCUGCAAAUCUGCUGCAAUGCUAAUUUCUGGCUUUGAGUCUUCACUUAGCGGAAGUAUAAAUCGGUCUUAAAAAAAUGUUGACAACCCACCUACCCAGUUCUGUGGGUUAUACGUUUGGACCCUAGUGUUAAAAUUUUGCAAUAGUCCAUAAGUUAUAGGUUAAUAAAUAGGUUGUAUGAAGUGUAUUCAAUUUAUAGUAUAUGUUUAGUAAAUUGUUGUUUCUCAAACCUGUUAUUUCCAUAGCAGUUUAUUUUACAAAUUUCAAAAUUCACUCAAAAAUCAUUGCGUGUUCCCUUUGAAUUGUUAUCUUUUCGGGGUGGUAAUGAAAUUUUAAUCCCCUUUCCUUCAUUUCUAGAUAUAUUUAAAUAAUGAAAGAGGCAUUAUCACUUUUAAGAAGAAAAUGUAGAGUAUAUUAUAUAGUGUUCUAGAUAAUUAAUAUAUCUUAAUGUUAUAUGUUAAAACUAGAUCUAUACUCAUGUAGAUAUUCAAACCGUAUCAUCAAUAUUUCCUUCACUCUUUCUAACAUGACACCAAAUUUUACAAUCCAUUUAAUCCCAGGUCAAGACCAGGAUUUCCUUCAAAUUCAUUUAAUAUAAGAGUUGCUUUGAAGACCUGGUUAUCCCAGACUCAAGAGCAGCAGUUCCUUUAAGUCACAAUUCUAAUAUUGUCGUUGACGUGUCAAAAGGGUGUAUCUCGGGGAAAUUAGUCAAAUACACUUUUUUGUAUUUUUAAAAUCUCCCAAUUAAUAUGCACAUUUCUGUCUAAGCUGUGUAUCUCUACGCCAAUUACAACUGUUCUGGGUAUCAUGUGUCCAAAUGUUGUACCCUUUUGAUUUGUGGAAAUUUUGAAAUGCAAAAGGUUCUAUUUCUUAAUCUUUAGAAAUUCUUAGAUACACCCUUUUGACACUUCAUCUAAGAUAUCCUGAUGACAUCAAAUUUGACUGAAUCAAAGCACAUAAAGUAAUAUUUAGAUGAUAAUUAAAAAUGUUCCCCGUAUAUUUAAUUUGACUCGAUCAAAGCACACUAAUAUGUUAAUACACAAUGAAAACUGAUAAAGGCAAUAAGAAAUUUUUAGAUCGUAAUUGAGAAUUUUCGUGUGUAUUAUGACGAUGAUACUGGUGUAAUUAUGUUUAGAAUAAGAGUGAUGUAUCACUACACCUCGGGUAUCGUGUAGUUGUACUGUUGGCAAAUUCAUUGAUAAAUAAAUAGAAAUGGGGUGUAAUGUGUACUCGACACAAACUAGGUCAUUUUGGGACUAACAUAUGGUUCAAAUUCAUUUUAAUAAUUCGCUUGCUCGUAGGGUGUUUAGCACUGGGAGGAAACCAAAUGACCUGGAGAAAAUCCACGAAGUUGGACAGGCGACCCUACUCCUUGUCACGUACAACCAGGGAUUCGAAACCACACCAGUUGACUCAAUGACAGACCUUAUGAUACAGUGCACACGUGCUAACCAUUCAGCCAUUCAACCCCCUCCUUAAAUUCAUUGAGAAUCGUUGACGAAUAUUGGCUUUACGAACUGUUUACUUGUCCGAUUGAUGUUAAGUAAUGAAUAAAACAGCGUAACUACAUGAAACCCGAGGUGUAUGUAUGUAUGUGAUCAUAUCUAUUAUAUAAAUAUAGACUUGAACUCUAGCUGAUUGAUUAUCUAGCUGUUUCUAGUUAACUUGUAUAAUUAACUGUUUUUAAUGUUGUGGCUUCUUUAUUGUGAUAAUAUUACCAAGUAAAUAAAGUUAUUAUAGAAUAUAAAAA